AUGUACUCUUAUAAGUUAGUCAAAGAGUUGACGCCUUCCACUUCGCAUACAAUUCGCAGACAAACAGCUUUGUAUGGCGCAUUUUUAUGGCGUCAAAUUGAUACAGUGGUCGAACUUAAAAAAAAUUGGCGGGCUCAUGAGGAUCCGAUGUUUGUUGCACUGCUCGAACGUGUAAGAAAGGGUGUUGCACACAGAGUGCCCGUACCUGGUGUGGUGUUGUCUGACUACGACAUUUUAAAGACUCGCCUGCUCAGUCAUUUGAAGGAUCAUUCCCCCGGAGAGUAUGAAAAAUUUCGGGACGCACCUAUUGUUGUCACAUGCAAGUCUUUAAGAGAUGCAUUGAAUGAGUCUAAAACACGCCAAUUCGCAGUCAACACCAAUCAAAGAUUUGUUCUUUAUCAUGCGCGUGACAAAGUUUCUGGAAAAUGUAUCAGAAAUGAUCAACAGGAAAGGCUGUGGCAACUCACGACCACGGAUACAAAUGAUUCGCUUGGGCGACUGCCACUCAUUCCAGGGAUGCCAGUGAUGAUUACUGAGAACACGGCGACCAGCCACAAAGUAGUAAACGGUAGUAAGGGAACAUUGAAGUCACUGAAGUAUGAAGUUGAUGAGAGUGGUGUGAGGUUUGCGGCGUGUGCUUUUGUUGAAAUCCCUGGUAGUGCGCUCCGCAUAGAGGGCCUAGAUGUAUUGACAAUUCCUAUUUUCCCUUCUGCCAUUAGCUUCUCUUAUAUUGGAAAUGGCAAAAAAUUCACUGUUAGGCAGACGCAACUGCCUCUUCUUCCCGGCUGGGCAUUCACGGACUUCAAGGUGCAAGGUGGAUUUUUGCCCAAAGUGGUUAUUGAUUUGUCAUGCGCAAAAUCAUUGCAAAGUAUCUAUGUCAUGCUCUCAUGGGCACUGCAACUUGAUGGCAUUGCUAUACUUAGAUGGUUCUCAUCUCGGUGGCUGAACAGUGAGUUACAGGCUGACACGAGAACGGAGAUGAAGCGGCUGACCAAUUUAGAUGAAAAAACUAAAUUAUGUUACAUUGAGCGUCACAGAAAGACACAAUCGACUUCUACAAAUUCUACUCAAGAAGCCGUGACGACGGGAAGCACAGCAUCCCCCCCGUCUCACAACAGCUGCCUCCAAAGCACCAUAUUAUCGCAUGAGAGUUCUCCGAACCGAGAAAUCUCCAGCGCGUACAGUCUGGAAAGUCGUCGAAGGCGAAACAUAGACAGCCGCGAUCAGUUGUGCUUCGAAGGCACAGCGGACAUUGUGUAG